CUGAGUUUGUCAGUUUCCUAAAUAUAGCAGACGGGAAUGUGUCCCUGUGUGUUUACCGGAUUGCUUUGAUAAAACAUGUGUAGCAUUUACAGAGGGCCACACAGGGAAUCUCAGAGCUGAAGGAGGAAUUGCUGUCUGUAAUAUCGUCUCCCAUAUAUCCGUCCUCCGAGUUAGAGGUUGAAGAAGAGUUCCCCCUACUGCAAGGGCACAUACCAAACACUUUUAGCAAGCCAUGCCAAACUGAUACCGGAGUAACAGAGUAGACUGUGGGACUAUGUGUUAGGAUUGCCCGUUACCUGGAGCCCACUGAUAUUCUUCUUCGGCUGUUGGAGGAAGUUGUUUUGGCAAUGGGGAGGAAGAAGAUCCAGAUCACCCGGAUCGUAGAUGAGAGGAACCGACAGGUAACUUUCAUGAAGAGGAAGUUUGGUCUGAUGAAGAAGGCCUAUGAGUUGAGUGUUCUGUGUGACUGUGAAAUCGCCCUCAUCAUCUUCAACAGCUCCAACAAGCUGUUCCAGUAUGCCAGCACCGACAUGGACAAAGUCCUACUGAAAUACACUGAGUACAACGAACCCCACGAGAGCAGAACCAACUCUGACAUUGUAGAGGCCCUGAACAAGAAGGAGCACAGAGGCUGUGACAGCCCUGAUGCUGACGCCUCCUACGUCCUCACCCCCCAUACUGAGGAGAAAUACAAGAAGAUCAACGAAGAGUUCGACAACAUGAUGAAGAGUCAUAAAAUUUCCACGGGCCCUCCACAGCAGAACUUCAUGCACGGCAACAUGUCGUACAGCCCCGGUGCAGGAGGAGGAGGAGGAGGAGGAGGAGGAGCGACCUCCCAAGCUCUAGCUGCAGCCACAGCAGCUCUGGCUGACAGUGGGAUCCUCUCCUCGCCCCACACACACCUCCACAGAAAUAUGAACCCUCCACAAAGACCUUCCAGCACUGGGAACACAGGUGGCCUGCAGAGCAGUUCUGAUAUGGCUCUGCAGAACGGGUCUGGACCAGUUGUGAAUGGUUUUUUGGGCUCGCCUGGUGGAGGCAACUUGGGAAAGAUCAUACCAGCCAAAUCUCCUUCUCCUCUUCCACCUCAUGGGAACAACAUGGUCCCUACCAGCCGCAAGACAGACCUCCGCGUGGUCAUCCCUCAGUCCAAAGGAUUGAUGCAAACACUGAGUAACCAGAGGCAGAGUCAGUCCAGCCAGCCUCUGUCCACCCCAGUGGUCUCCAUCAACACACCCAGUCUGCCUCACCAGAGUCUGGUCUACUGCGGCAUCAGCUCUGCCUACAACAACGAUUACUCGCUGAACAGUGCCGAUCUGUCGGGCUUCAGCUCCCCUGCAGGCCACUCUUUGGGCUCCAUGGCGUCAUGGCAGCUACACCAGCUUGGCUCACUGGGGUCUGGAAGCCCCAAUCUCUCCAUCAGCACCAACCACAACGUCAACAUCAAAGCCGAGCCGAUCUCCCCACCCCGCGACCAUCUCAGCCAAUCAGGGUACAUGACUCAGGCUCAUGCCCCUCCUCACCCCCACUCAUCCACCAGGGCGGAGAUGGGGAGGUCUCCUGCAGACAGCAUCAGCUCCUCCUGCAGCUCCCACGAGGGUGGCAGCGACCGUGAGGAGCAGCAGCACCGGUUGGACUUCCACUCGCUCCCAGUGAGUCGGUCAGCGGGCAGAGAGAGUCCGACGGUCAAACGCAUGAGAAUGGACAGCUGGGUGACAUAGACCCUGCAGUCACAUGAAGACCCAGCACCGGGGAAAACACAGGAAGGACACUGUUAUGCAAAAUCAAAUAUGGAUUGAUGUGUUCUGCUAUUUUUAUUAAGUUAUCAUUUUUUUUAUUUGGUGGUCAGAUUUUUCAGAAGGGUUGAGCAAAAUUUUGUGUGAAAAAUCUGGAUCUGUCAGAAUCAUAUCAUCAUGUUUCAGAAAAGCGUUUUUGGUACUUAAAACAUAACAUGCCGUCCUUUUCAAAUAUAAAUCAUUCAAGCAUCAAACUUUUAAUGUGGGUCCAAUUGCAGUACAAUCUGUCAUUUUCUUAUCCAGUGGGAAGCAGUACGAUACGCAGAAGAAUCAAACAAGGUGAGAUUAGUGUCUGUCCGUCUUGUGGCUUCAGGAUUAUGUUGGUAAAGCAGUGAAGUACUUCUGGAUGUCUCCCACUGGGUGUCACCCAAUCCAUUUCUGAUCUUCUCAGGGUUUGAAACAUAGAACAAGUCAAAGAUGAAAGCAAUACUCCCUCCCCAUAAUCCCAGAGUCUCCUCUUUAUAAAAACACUUAUUUAUAUCAGCCAAAGCAGUAUGCUGUUUUUAUGUUGUUUGUGUGUGUUUUUAUAUUGUGCACAGAAUAAGACAAUAUUUCAUUCAGAUUUCAAACUGAAAGCCAUGGACACUUGUUCUGUAUGUGCUACCCAAAUAUGUUGUUAUUGUUUUGUAUAUACUAUCUUUAAUAUAUAUUGCUUUUGGUGUAACUAUAUAUUGUUGGUCUGCCUAUUGUAUCUGCCUGGAUAAAAUAUGACACCUCCAACAGAUUAUACAGAAGUAUAUUUUUGUGGAUUCCAACAUUUACAAAAUAUUGAUUGUCCUUUCUUUUCUCAUCAAGUGUCUGUCGGACACAUCUCUUUUCCAAAACCAACUAAAGAGAAAAGCACUCUAGAAAAUAUUCUUUAUUUGGCGAAACAAAUCUAGCUCCUUAGAAAUUAUUUUACAGAAGGAACGCACUGUAAAAGACAAAGAUGCAAAUAAAAACGAUAACACUUUCUGAUGUUGUGCGACAGCCUCAGCAGGGCCGAAUCUGGCCCAUCUGAUAAAGUUAGGGGAGGAUAAAUGAUCUCAUAUGGGAUAAGAUAAAAUCUCCUUUAUCAAUUGCAAAAGGGAUAUCAUGUCACAUUAACCACAGAGAAAAGCCAGUAGAAAAGUAGCAUUUAUGCUGUGCAUUUCAACAUGAGCUUACUUCCUCUUGUGUGAUUUUUUAGGUACGAUAAAGUUACUGAACCUUAAAAUGCAAACAAAAUGACAUUCGAACAGAAGUCCAUACCUGAUGAGUAUUUACAGGGUUGUAAUGUAUUUCUCCUUUUUUGAC